CCGUGCGGCUCGUCAUCACCACCCCCCCUUCCUGUUCGCAGCAGCCUCGGCGGCCGGGCAUGCGCGAGCCGGCGCUUGUGUUUCCCUGAGAGGCAGGCGGGCGGGCGGACAGCGAGAGAGCGAGAGGGGGAUGCUGGGGGCUGCCGGCUGCCACGGCUGGGAAGGACUGACGCGCUGCCCGUCGCUCGCCUCCUGCCUGGCACUGCCCACCGCCGGAGUCGCGUCGCCCCCCCGCCAGCGGGCACCACACCAGGAGGGGCACAUGGCCUGUGUUCUACCGCGGAAAGACGAGGAACGGAAGAGAGAGAGCCACAAGAAUGCAGUGCACAAGGAGAAGCGGCGUCAGGCCAUCCGCAAUGCAGCCCAGCAGUGGGAGGGCUUCAAGGCCUGCUUGGAGCUGCCAGCCCAAUCUGGCUCCAGGGACGAGGGCAGCCCUGAGCACUGCCCCCCCCAGCAGAGCGACGGGCCGAGCCAGCAGCUCUCCCCGGACGAGCUGAAGCUGACGUGUCCAGCCGGAGCCUCGGAGAGACCAGCUGGGGGCAGCGAGGCACGAAUACGCACCAGUCGGCCCAGUAGCCCACGGGAUCCCAGGUCCCCGGAGGCAGGGGGCGCCAGUGUGCAGAGCUUGUCCCUGUCAGACAGCCACCUGGCUGAGCUGGAUGGUGACACACUCCGCCUGUUCGGGCUGGGGGCUCUGGAGGCCCUGGAGCGGGGCUGGGGGGCUCAGACCGCUGGCGCUGUCACCGUCAUUGCCUUCCGCUACAUCCCCUUCGACGCCAUCGCGCCUACACUGCCCCGCAUCAGGGUGAAGUUCCCGAACCUGUCGCACCUGAUCUUCUUCGAGACCAACAUCAGCCGGCUGCCCCAGUUGGGCGCCCUGGCUCAGGUCCGGCGCCUGGAGCAGCUGACCAUCCACCCCGACGGGAACCCGGUGCUGGACCUGGUUCUGUGGCGGCCCUUCGUCAUCUUCCGCCUCAGCCACUUCAACCUGCAGAAGAUCAACGGCCAGGAGGUGACCCUGGAGGACGUGAUCACGGCGGAGAGACUCUUUGGAGCCCUGGGUCAUGUCACUGGCACUGAAACCCCACACUAUCGCCUGCUGCUGUUACUGGAUGAGUCCAGAAAGCGUCAGCUGCAGUUCCUCUUAGACGGCCGCGGCCGCCGGGCUGGGCAGAGUCCCGAGGAGCUGCGCGAUAAUGGGAAGCUGCUGGGAGAGGGCCUGAGCCGCUCGCUGUUCACCUACCCGACCCGCGACGCCGCCGUGGAGAACACGGAGGAGGGCGCCGUGGAGGCAUUGGAGAGGGCCGAGGCUAUCCAGCAAUACCUGCGCAGCCUGUUGCAAAGGGCGUUGGACACCAACACCAAGGGGGAGGCACUGAACAAGUUGUGGCCCUCUGUGUUCGCGGAGAUGGUGCGGGACUGUGUGCUGGACAUGAGGGACCGGACAGCUUACCGCCACUCCUGCCUGAACAGGCUCUCCAAAGGCAAGCGAGCAGAGGCGCAGGGGGAAGGACUGUAAUGUCCAGCCCCUCUCUGCCGCAAUAUGCCCUCUGCUCCACCCAAUCUCCCAUCUCGCAGCACUACCAGGAUGCCGAGCACUUAGCAAGUGGUACUGAAUACACCGUUCAGACAUCUGCUCUUGUUUACUAACCUCCUAGUCUUAUUUUAACUGACUCCCAGUGUCUGCGGAGGACUUUAGGUUUUGCCAAGGACUGCUGUGGAAAUGCCGGCUCGUUGACUCUCGUUUAGGCUUCCUGUUGUGAAUGCACAGCACCAUGCUUAUGAACGGACACAUUUUAGUUCAUACUGGACACAGCUGCAAUGAUUAGCGUCUUCCCUUCCUGUUUGAUACCGGUGCCGCCAGACGUGCCGCGGUGUCUUGACCCGCCGUCAGAGGGCCCCCAAACUCCCGUCCUUCUAACAGCCUGUCCUCUUUCUCUGACCGUUAAUGACAUUGGAGGUUCGGGACAGUAUGUUAUGGGUUAGUGUUAUGGAGGCCAUGAAAAUAUUAGGAAGGUUGUUGAAAAUGAAACUAAAUAUUUUUUCAAUACUGUAUAUCUGCAUUUUUUCUUAUAAAAUGUAAAUUUAGAAAAACUCUAGUUUUACUAAAACUAGUCUAAUCACUGAACAGCUGGUAUUCAGGUACCUGCCCCUCUCACAUCAACAAAUGAAAGUGCCCCCCCCCAUGAUAUUCCAAUAUGGUAUUUUCUAUAACCCACAAUCACUUAAAAUCUCAUGAAAAUUUACACCCCCCAGGCCAGCAAUGAGUACCAGUUGGCCACGCCUCUCUGCUCGAGGACCCCCCACCAAAAGUCUGUGUACGUCACUAGGAGAGACAUACAGAUUUUGUUAAUGUUUCUUGGUUUAAUUGGCCCAAACCUUUGCUCUUUCAGUGUAUUUUUAAAAUGUAAGUAUAUGCAUAAGCUUCUCCCCAUGGAGUUUGCCCACAAACUGGUGGCCAGAUUAAUAGUGCUGUAUUGCAGUGAGGAUGUUGGAGCGUGCUUACCCCAGGAGCAGAGGAGAACUGCGGGUGCUCAGCUUUGGGACAGGAAGGCCUCCGUAAGCUGUGCAUAGGGUUCUGCUAUUUCUCUGGCCUUGCUGCUUCUGCAAUUCUUCCUCACACAGUAGGGGGCGCUGCCAGUGCGGGAAGGUACUGCACAAUUCUGUCAGCUAGCAGUACAGUAAGUUGACAAGAAAGCUAAUGUACAGUGAGUUAAACUGCCAGUCGCUGGCUCGCUGUUCACUGGGGGGUGUAUGUCACUGUGUUUUAGUCCAGUAUGAGGAAUGACUGCAGUUGCCCCUUUGUAAUCCCUGGCACCUUGUAGCCAGGCGGUAUA